GCUGACACCCACACUGUCAGUUCCUGCUCAGCCACCCUCGCAUACAAGUCGCGUGUGGUUGGACAAAAUAGGAAUGUAGUCAUCAUAAGCUGCAGGAAACUCACGGCACCAUUAGGAACUGAGUCUGUUGAUCUAGAUAUAACAACUUCAUUGUUAAAAUUUACACAGUGACCUUGUCCAGCAGAAGCCACUCAAACACUUGGACUAGGGAACGCUGGAUUAGAUCUAAAAAUAGAACAUUACCCUGGACUGAAAUAGUUCCAGAAUUUACUCUGCAAAGCUGAAAAACUGACCACAAGGAGUUCAGCCAUCAGACAUGUUACUGAGAUUGUUUUUACAAUCUUUGAUUCUCGUGGCAAUCAUUGGUUCCAUUCAUUGUCUGCCCGGCUGGCACAGACGUUCAACAGAAUUAAUGUAUGGUCAUUAUGGGCCUGGCUCUCACUGUGAAGUCAACGGAGACCUGAUAGCGCACAGCCAUACCUUCGUUGACCCGACCAUGUCCAAAUGUCUGCAGUAUCAAUGUAUUUUUGGGACCAGUUUCAUCAUCUCUGAAGCGUGUGAGGAUGGUAGCCAUCAAUGUCAUGCUGUGGGAGAUGAGUGGGAAGAGAAAUGUGUAACUUACACCUGUACUAAAACUACCAUCGAUGGAUACAACUACUUCCAACCAAUCGUCAGAAAUGCCAAAUGCCAAGGAGCGGAAGGAUCAUGCCACGAACCAGGUGACCUCUUCAGUUAUCGUCUGCACGGUCGACUUCUGCACAACUGCAAGUGUAACAUCACAGACAAUAGCAUUCUUUACCGUUGUAUCUGACGUUGAUCGUUCAGUCCACAGAGACAACAAACAUUGCGUUUCUAUCUUCCUUCAGUCUGCUUCUCUACUUUUCACACUGGGGGCUAUUGAAACAUAUUUUCAAUUAGUUAACAAAAAAAAGUAUUACACAACAGUGGCGUCAAUAGGGUGGGUGUCACCCGGUGCGGUCAACUCAGGGUGUCACCCCCCCCGCUCC